AUGGAGAUGAGAGUUCGAAGUGGAGGGCACGAUUUCGAGGGAAGUUCCUACAUUUCUCGAGUACCCUUUUUCGUACUCGAUAUGUAUAACUUUCGAUCAAUCGUUGUGGAUUCGGAUUCAAAAACUGCCUGGAUGGGCGUAGGAUUGACUCUUGGUGAAACAUAUUAUAAAAUUAAUGAGAAAAAAACCACAUUGGCUUGCCCAGCUGGAUACUGGCCAAGUGUUGGUGUUGGAGGACAUAUUGGUGCUGGUGGAUAUGUAAUUCUUUCAUACAAAGUAAGACUGUUUGAAGUUCCUGUUCGGGUUUCCGGGUUUAACGUGAAAAGAACCCUGGAACAAGGCGCAAUUCAGCUAGUCCAUAAAUGGCAACAAAUUUCUCCCAAAAUGCCAGUAAAAUUAGGCCUCACAGUCCAAUUAUACAGCAUUGUUAACUCAGCUGAAUCUGGGAAGAAAACUAUCUUAACCGAAUUCAUCACGACUUAUCGUGGUGGGAUUAAUCAGCUGCUUUCGAUCAUGAGACGUUAUUUCCCUGAAUUGGGAGUGACCCGAAAAGAUUGUCAGGAAAUGCCAUGGAUCAAAAGCUAUCCAUUCUCGCUUGGAGUUCCAAUUGAUGAUAACAACAAUUUGAACGUGAAAGAUUUCUUGACAAACAGAGGUUCACUAGGGGACCCGUCUGGUUUCAAAUGGAAAGUCGAUUUUACGGAGGAUCCAAUUCCACCAGAAGGACUAGAGAAGAUAUUCAGCAAGCUCCAUGAAGUUCCUCCAAUGACAGCUCAAUUGGGAUGGACGAUUUUAGGAGGAGGGAUCAUGGAUAAAAUCCCUGAAUCCCGAAUUCCAUUCCCACAUCGGCGUAAACUGAUGGUGAUGCGUCACGUCGUGUUCUGGAACAAAAAUGACACGUCAGUAGUAGCACAAACACGAAUUGAUUGGAUGCAACAACUUCAUAGGAUCAUCGGGCCAUACGUUCCGAAUAAUCCUAGGGCUGCCUAUGCCGGAUACCGGGAUUUCGAAUUGGGAGUGAACGUUGUUGAGAAUCGUGAUCAGACGAGCGAUGUUGAGAAUGCAAGAAUGUGGGGAAGUGCAUAUUUCAAGAACAAUUUUGACAGGUUGGUCAGAGUGAAGAGUUUGGUUGAUCCUCAGAAUUUCCUCAAGAGUGAACAGAGCAUUCCCAUCCUCCAACGUUAG